AUGCAACCAAUGCGGUAUGGAGAUUCUAUAGGUAAUUUAUGUCAACAAAUUGGGGAUUUCACAUUAACUGAGAAUUAUCAGUUACAAAAUAUUGUGGCACAUAGAAGAAAGUUUUUUAUAAUAAUGAUUAAAUUGGCAUUACAUUUAUUGAUCAGUCUAUAUAUAUUAAGCGAAGUUUCCUGUGAAGAAGAUAAUAAUUCAUUACAACCGUGGGAUUCCUCAGAAUAUAAUCCUCGAAAUCGUGUCAUCGCACCUUAUAAACGUCGACAAAUAUUUCGUUUCGGUAAACGAAACUCACAUCCAACAAUCUACAAAGAAAUGGAUGAAUUACCUAGUCUAUGGGAUAUUUAUCGUAAAUGA